CCUGGAGAGAAUCAAACAAGCCCUAGAUGAAAAACUUCGUCCGGAACAGGCCGGAUUCAGGAGAAACAAAUCAUGUAUUGAUCAAAUCGCCACUCUACGGAUCAUCAUUGAACAAAGCUUGGAAUGGCAGUCACCUCUCUAUCUCAACUUCAUCGACUUUGAAAAGGCCUUCGACAGCGCAGCGUCGAUCGAGAGGUCAUUUGGAAACUACUUCGCUACUACGGGGUCCCAUCGACAAUUAUACACCUCAUCCAACAGUUAUACGACAAUGCUGCAUGCCAAGUAAUCCACAACGGGAAACUUACGGAAGCCUUCGAAGUGAGGACGGGAGUGAGGCAAGGCUGUCUACUAUCACCAAUGAUCUUCCUGAUUGCAAUUGAUUGGAUAAUGCGACAGACAACGGCAACCAACGAGGGAACAGGCAUAAAAUGGACUGACACAAAAGACUUGGAGGAUCUGGAUUUCGCCGAUGAUAUAUGUCUGAUUUCCCACAAACUGGAAGAUAUGCAAGUGAAAAGUAACAAGUUGGCAGAAGAAGCAUCAAAGAUAGGACUU